AUGCUCUACGAUGCCAGCAAGUCGGUGGCAACGUGUGUGCUCAUCCUGAUACCGCCGGCAUACAUCACCCUCGUCCUGCGCUGCGGCGUGCGCAUCCACAGGAAGGCAUGGGGCGUCGAUGACACCUGCAUGAUAAUCUCCGCGCCAUUCUUCGCGUGGCUGUCGGCAUCCGUCCUCACUGGCGCGUUGAAUGGCUUAGGAGCCAAGGACAACCACUUGUUCGGAGGCCAGGACCAGUACACGACAGUACUCAAGAACUAUUUCAUGUUCAUGCUGUCCUACUGCUGCGGCGUCUUCUUCCUCAAACUCAGCAUCGCCCUGACUCUGAUGCGUAUCACCGCCGGUCGGCCCGCCUACAUAUGGACCAUCCGGGUGACCAUCCUCGUCUUCACGGCCACCAUCUUCAUGGUCUUCUUCUACGUCCUAGUCCAAUGUAAACCCAUCGAAUACUCGUGGGACAAGAGCAUCCCCGGCGGCCACUGCAAAGACAAGCGCAUCCUCACCGGCCUGAGCUUCGGCAUCUCGGCCGGCAACAUCGUGACCGACUGGACGUGCGCGCUGCUGCCCAUCCCGCUGCUGUGGAACCUCGAGAUGCACCGCAACUCCAAGAUCGCGGCGGGCGUGCUGCUGUCGUUCGGCAUCUUCGCCAGCAUCUGCGCCCUCAUCCGCCUCAAGUACACCAUCGCCCUCAACGAGGACGUCGACUUCCUCUACCACGCGUCUUUCGUCGUCAUGUGGGCCUACGCCGAGGCUGGCGUCGGCUUCUCGGCUGCGAACUGUAGUACCCUCCGCCCCAUCUUCACCCGCAUCUUCCGGCUCGGCAGCAGCCGCGGGAAAUCCGACGACACGGACUCGCGCGAAUACGGCUGCUGUCCGACGGCCCUCAAGAGCCGCCGCUCCGGCAUCGAGCUGGGCGACGCCGACGCCUCCGAAGCCAUCAUCGUGCACCCCGCCACGCGCGCCGGAUACGGAGUGAAGACGACCGUCACAGCAGGGGGAGACCCGGAUGACUUGUUGGAGCGGGAACGGUUGGGACGAGGGGGGGCGGGGGGUGGUAGUGGUGGUACUGCGGAGGAUGUUGGCAGCUUUGAGGAUGACGCGAGUCAGCGCGAGAUUUUGAGGGAGGAUCGGAUUAGUACGACGUAUAGGAAAAAGUAG